UGUGGUUCGACACCACUGUCCUUACAAUAUAUAGCUGCCCUCGACUCUGUUAAGGAUAGCGCCCCGAAGAGGGCUGUCGUUCUCGGCACUUUGCGUGCGUGUCCUACUUUACUCACUCUGUGACCACGGCUGGACACUGUAAGUUUUCUAGAAAGCCGAGACCAGUGUUACCGCGUUGCGCGAAGCCCGCGCUGCCCCAGCGACUUCUGGGAAACGUGGUUUUCCUGAGGGGCGCCUGUCGGCGGCGGCGGCGGUAACUUUUGUCCCUGACGUGGGGGAGUCUGGGAAUUGUCCGUGCGGGCGCUGUCCGGACACACCCCGCGGCAGUUUCGGGUCUGGCUGCGGACAGCUGGAGUUCGGGCGCACUCUAAGCCGUGCGGUUCCCGGGAGAGCGGCGGCCUUGUCCGCUCACCAGCGACCCGGCGUGGCAGGACACUGCCCUUCUGUAAGACAGGAACUUGGAAAGUGGACUGUGUUGGCUGUUGGAAAUUGCAGUCAUGUCCCAGGUGACAUUUAAUGAUGUGGCCAUAGACUUCUCUCAUGAAGAGUGGGGAUGGCUAGAUUCUGCUCAGAGGGAUUUAUACAAGGAUGUGAUGGUCCAGAAUUAUAAGAACCUGGUCUCUCUAGCAGGUCUUUCCAUACCUAAGCCAUAUGUGAUCACCUUAUUGGAGGAAGGCAAAGAGCCCUGGAUGGUAGAGCAAAAAUUGUCAAAAGGUAUGUUUCCAGAUUGGGAAUCAAGAUGGGGAAACAAGGAAUUAUCAACAAUGGAGGAUAUUUAUGAUAAUGAUUCAUCCCAAAGGGUAAUUAUAGAAAAAAUUAUAAAAGAAGGUCUUGAAUGUUCAAAUUUUAACAAGGACUGGAAAUAUAUAGAAAAUUUAGAGGGGAAGCAUGGAAAUCAAGUAGAACAUUUCAGACCACUGACACUCACCUUCAGUGAAAGCCCCACUGGGGAAAAUGUUUACAAAUACAAUACAUUUAGUAACAUCUUCCACUUAAAAUCUAUCCUUUCUGAACCACAGAGAAUUUCUUCUGAAGGAAAAUCACAUAAAUAUGAUAUGUUUGAGAAGAACUUACAAAAAAAAUCAGUUAUAAAAAAUGAGAAAAUCAAUUAUAGAAAGCAACUUUUGAAUUCUAAUGAAAGUAUGGCAGCCUUCAGCCAGAGCAAAUCUCUUACCUGUCACCGGACUUAUAAUAGAGAAAAAAUCUAUACAUGCAGUGAAUGUGGAAAAGCCUUUGGCAAACAAUCAAUCCUUAAUCGCCACUGGAGAAUUCAUACUGGAGAGAAACCCUACGAAUGUCAUGAAUGUGGGAAGACUUUUAGCCAUGGCUCAGCCCUUUCUCGACAUCAGAUAAGUCACAGUGGAGAGAAACCUUACAAAUGUAUUGAAUGUGGGAAGGCCUUUAGCCAUGUCUCAUCACUUACUAAUCAUCAAAGCACUCACACUGGAGAGAAACCAUAUGAAUGCAUAGAAUGUGGGAAGUCUUUUAGUCGUGUUUCACAUCUCAUUGAACAUCUGAGAAUUCAUACUCAAGAAAAACUCUAUGAGUGUCAUUUAUGUGAGAAGGCCUUCAUUCAUAGGUCAUCUCUCAUUCACCAUCAGAAAAUUCAUACUGGAGAGAAACCUUAUGAAUGUAGUGAAUGUGGGAAAGCCUUCUGCUGUAGCUCACACCUUACUCGACAUCAAAGAAUUCACACUGUAGAGAAGCAAUAUGAAUGCAAGAAAUGUCUGAAAGUCUUUAGUAGCCUCUCAUUUCUUCUUCAACACCAGAGUAUUCAUACUGAAGAAAAACCCUUUGAAUGUCAAAAAUGCAGGAAAUCCUUCAACCAGCCUGAUUCAUUGAAUCUGCAUUUAAGAAAUCACACUAGAUUGAAACCUUAUGAAUGCAGUAUAUGUGCAAAAGCCUUCAGUCAUAGAUCAUCACUGCUUCAACAUCAUAGAAUUCAUACUGGAGAGAAACCCUAUGAAUGUAUUGAAUGUGGGAAAACCUUCAGUUGUAGUUCAAACCUUACUGUACAUCAGAGAGUCCAUACUGGAGAAAAGCCAUAUAAAUGUAAUGAAUGUGGGAAAGCUUUUAGCAAAGGCUCAAAUCUUACUGUCCAUCAGAGAAUACAUAAUGGAGAGAAACCUAAUAGCUUGGUAAGUGUGGAAAGGACUUUAGGCCAUAUGAAUCACAUUAUGUGAGAAAUCAUACAAGUGAGAAACCAAAUGAAUACAGUAUUUGUCAUAGUAAUGCUAGCCAUCAAAAAUUUAUAUUAUAGGAAAGUCCUAUGAAUGUAGUGAAUAUGGGAAAGUCUUUAGCAAUAGUGCAAACCUUAAACUGCCCAUCAGAGGGUUCAUACUGGAGAGAAACCAUAUCAAUGCAAUCAGUAUGGAAAAGCCUUUAACCAGUAUGAAUUGCUUAAUUGACAUAAAUGAAUCCACAUUGUAGAAAAACCCUAUACAUGUAACAAAUUAAGAAAGACCCUAGGCAAUAGUAAUCCCAUUAAAAGCAUGUAGUAAUUCAUACAGGAAAGAAGUCCUAUGAAUAAAUAAUGGCGAGAUGUCUUUCAGUUCAAGUACAUCCAUAUUUUAUGUCAACUCACACCAGAGAAAAAUUUUAUGUAAGAAACAUACAAAGUGUUCAUUAAGAAGUCUUGUUAGACGUCAGGAGAUUAAUGCUAGGAUGACCUGAAAGAUGCAGGAAAUAUGUGUAAAUCUUUGCCAUGUAGCUUUUAGUAAACAUAGAAAUCCACAGGAGAGCAAACCAGCAUGUAAAUGAAUAUGCAUUUCUAAUAGUAGUAAUUUUACUCAAAAUGAGUCCUACAUAAAAAUUACUUUUAGCUAAUGAGUAUGUAAAGAUAUUCGGCCACCCAUGGAUGCAGUAAAUAUGAUAAAGUUGAAAACCGCAGCUGCAAAAGUGGUAUGAAUAAAAUUCUUGGUCUCUAAUAAAAUCGUGUUGUAUAAAAUGAUCUCUCUCACUGUGACUUACAUUUCUUGCAAAAAUUUUCACUAUUUUCCUCUUGAAGAGUUGAGAUUAGCCUUACUAUAGAUUUUAGUGGAAGACUAGCAAAUCUAGAGAAAAAAAUGAUCCAGACUCUGCUAAUAAACUUUUGGUAAGGAUAAGUAACAGCACAUUUCUGUUCUGGUUUGCUAAAGCUACUGAAAUGCAGAAUACCAGAAAUGGAUUGGUUUUUAUGGGAUUAUUAGGUUGCAGAUUUACAGUUCUAAGGCCAAGAAAGCAUCCAAACUAAGUCAUCAAG